AUCGAUCAUCGCACGAAGAGGCAGCAGGAGAGCACACGCGGUUCAGUUGCCUUUAAUGAUUGGCGUGGUUUUCGCGUAUUUUUCGGAUUCGGAAGACGGAUGAUUUUUAUCUGCUUCGCGCGGAGACAUUUGACUUUUGAGUGAACCAAAAGGAAAAAGUGAGCCGGUUCAUCGGCGGAAAAGUCUUAUCGGUUCUGUUUGUUGACAACACAUUGUCGGGAGAAAUUCGUCAGGAGGUUUGCAUUACGAGGAACCGAGAAGCGUAUCAGACAGAAAUCCAAGACAAAACCGGUGCACAGCGCUGCCAGAUGAGAGAAGUGGGCGAUGCUGCUGAGGCCACACCGUAGUCCACACAAUGAACCCCACUCAGUACGGUAAGGAUCCCGUCAGCAUCCACGAGCUGCGGCGGGACGAGAAUCCGGUGGGACGGGCCAAUCUCUUCUCGCGGUUCACCUUCUGGUGGUUGAGGGACCUGUUCCAAACCGGACUGGAACGACCCAUUGAUGAGUCCGAUAUCUACGAACCGCUUUCGGGGCAUGAAAGCGAACAGCUGACCUAUCGGUUCGAGGACUGCUGGAAGCGGGAGCUGAAACGGGAUAAGCCGAGCUUUCUGGCCGUUAUUCGGGUGAUUUACGGAUGGACCAUUCUGUCGAAGGGAUUCCUGUACACUUCGGUGGAUUCGUUCUCGAGGAUCUUCCAGCCGCUGUGUCUUGGAGGGUUGGUUUCGUACUUUGCUCCGGGGCAGACCACCAUCGGCAAGGAGGAGGCGUACGGCUAUGCGGGUGGAAUUGUGCUUUGUUCGCUGCUGCCGGUGAUGAUCUUUCACCACUACAUUCUGUACAUAUUUCAAAUCGGGAUGAAGAUACGAGUGGCGUGCUGCUCGCUGCUGUACAAGAAGGCCCUGCGCAUCACGAAGGCGGCCGGUACGGAUGGCCUCACCGGACAGGUGAUUAAUCUGAUGUCCAACGACGUGGCCAAGUUUGACACGGCCGUCGGCUUCGUGCAGGACAUCUGGAAGGGCCCCAUCGAACUGCUGGUGCUCGGCUUCUUCAUCUACCGGGAGAUUGGCUUCGCCGGCCUGAUUGGCAUCGCAUUCCUGCUGAGCUUCAUUCCGCUGCAAGCAUGGGUCGGUAAAAAGGCCGCCUCGUACCGGUUGAAGACGGCCACCCGCACGGAUCGGCGGGUCCGCUUCAUGAACGAAAUCAUCCAGGGCAUCCAGGUGAUCAAGAUGUACGCGUGGGAGCCGAGCUUCGGCCGCAUGGUGGACCAAAUCCGGCGCCGGGAGAUCCGCGGUAUCCGGGGCACGCUCUUUAUCCGAGCCGGGCUGCUGUCAUUCAAUCUGGUCUCCCGGCUGUCCAUCUUCCUCAGUCUGGUCGGAUAUUGCUACUUCGGGAAUGUGUUCACCGCCAAGAAGGUCUUCAUCGUCACUUCGUACUUCAAUCUGCUGUACAGUUCGAUGUUGCACUUUUGGCCCCUGGCGCUGACUUCCGUCGCCGAAGGGUUGAUCUCGAUACGGCGCAUUGAGGAGUUUUUGCUGCUGCCGGAGCGGAAGAUGGCCGUCGGGAUGUUGCCGGAUAAGGCGGCCGCUAAUGGCCACUCGACGACCACCACCGCCGAAGGAGACGAGAGCGAAAUUAAACUAAUGGAAAACGUGAAAAUGACUAACGGCGGCGAGGGAGAUGGCGGCGGAACAGUGGAAAAGGUUUCGCCAAUGACUGCGGUCCCGAAGGUUCGCAGCAAACGGUUCGUGAAUAAAAAAGGUUUCACCCGGAGGGGGAUUUUUAUGCGCAAUGGGACCGCCAGUUGGAACAAGGAUGCCGGCGAGGGCGAGUCGGAAGUGACGGGAAUCCGCGACAUUACUCUGACCGUCGAAAAGGGCAGCCUUUGUGCCGUAGUCGGCCUAGUAGGAAGUGGCAAAUCAACCCUGCUCCAGGUCAUCCUAGGCGAACUGGAGCUGGACGAGGGCCGACUGGAGAUCAGCGGUGACAUCAGCUACGCCCCCCAAGAGCCAUGGCUCUUCGAGGGUUCGGUCAAGAACAACAUCGUGUUCAUCGAAGACUACAGCGAAAAGCGCUACCGAGAGGUGGUCAAGGUUUGCGCCCUGGAACGGGACUUCCAACUGCUUCCGCUGGGUGACGAAACGAUUGUUGGCGAACGGGGCAUCAGCCUGAGCGGAGGGCAACGAGCCCGGAUCAGCUUGGCCCGGGCAAUCUACCGGAAGGCGGAAAUCUACCUGUUGGAUGAUCCGCUUUCCGCCGUCGACACCCACGUGGGAAAGCACAUCUUCGAGCAGUGCAUAAAGGAGUACUUGAAAGACAAAGUUUGCGUGUUGGUAACGCACCAGCUCCAGUAUCUGAAGGACGUCGAGCACAUUGUCCUGAUGGAGGGGGGCGUGGCGCUGGCCCAGGGUGCCUAUCGCACCCUGGAGGAAGCCAACACGUAUCCCAUGCUGGCCGCGCUGGUUCACGAGCAGGAGGUCCAAGAGCAGCAGGAGAAGGACCAGUUGCCGCCGGUGGAAGACAUUCUGGACAAUGACGGUCUGGAUGGAGUAGGGCCUUUGUCGACUGGCACCGGGACGGGAUCGGCGACGACUCCGGGCAGUGAUGGCGAGUCCCCGAUCACGCCCGUCGGUUCGGUCGUCAGCGCGGCCGUCGCCAUGGCAAGGUACCGCAAGAAUUCGACCACCAGUCCCAUCGUGAUGCCGCCAGCUCAUCGAAUGGCCCAUUCACACCAAUCGCUCUAUCAGCCGUCGCCCUUCUCGUCCUGCAGCAUGGUUUUCGACGGGUUUGACGAUGGAUUCGACGACGGCACUCCAACCGGAUACGGCCGGAAGAAGAGGCGUCAAACUUCACCCACGGUGUCGUCGAGUACCACGGGGACCACUGCCACUGAGGCCGCGGCCCCCAAUGGCGGUGAUGCCGCUGCCGGUGUCAACAGGGAAGCUCAAAUUGCCGGCACGAUUGGCUUUUCCGUGUACAAGAGCUACUUCAAAGCCGUGGAAAGUGCGCUGCUGCUGUUGACGGUUGCGGUUCUGUUCCUGUUGGCCCAGAGCACCAUGAGCGGUAUCGAUUACUUCAUCUCCCAGUGGGUCAACCAGGAGGAAUUCCUGAGCCAGAACGCCACCGCAGUGAUAACCAACGCCACCGAACCCGUCCGCUCCAAGCUGGAGGGAACCAUCUUUGCCGAGCUCAGCCGGGAGCAGUAUCUGCUAAUCUACUCCGGUGCGAUGGGAGUGAUGCUCUGUCUGUCGCUCAACCGGUCGUUUUCGUUUUUCUACCUCUGCCUGAGGGCUUCGAUCCGGCUACACGACCAACUGUUCCGCGGCAUCACCCGAGCCACCAUGUACUUCUUCAACACCAACCCAUCCGGGCGGAUUUUGAAUCGCUUUUCGCGAGAUAUCGGCUGUAUCGACAUCUUCUUGCCGUCUGCCAUGAUGGAUUGCAUACUGUUUUUCGUGGAAUUCACCGCCAUCAUCAGUUUGGUGGCCAUCGUCAACUACUGGUUGCUGCUGCCAACGGCCGUCAUGGGAGUGCUGUUCUACGGCCUUCGCCAUAUCUACACCAACACGGCACGCAGUAUCAAACGGGUGGAAGCGCUGACCCGCAGUCCAAUUUUCUCGCACGCCAAUGCCUCCUUCCAGGGGCUGACGACGAUUCGGGCCUUCGGGGCGGAGAAAAUCCUUGCCUACGAGUUCGAUAAGCAUCAGGAUCUUAACACCUCGGCGUGGUAUCUGUUUCUGGCGACGACGAGAGCCUUCGCCCUGUGGCUGGAGCUGGUUUGCGUGCUGUACAUUGCCGUGGUCACUUUUAGCUUCCUGAUGAUGGAGAAUACGAUGAGCGGCAACGUCGGCCUGGCCAUCACCCAGGUGUUCAACCUGAUCUUCAUGUGCCAGUGGGGCAUGCGUCAAACAGCAGAACUAGAAAACCAGAUGACCUCGGUGGAGCGCGUGGUCGAAUACGCCGAGGUCGAACCCGAACCCCCACUAGAAACGGUCGAUCCGCAGAAGAAACCGGCCGCCGAUUGGCCUUCUACGGGAGCGAUCAAGUUCGAGUACUUCUGCCUGCGGUAUUCUCCGGGCAGUGAGCUGGUCCUGAAGGACCUGAAUUUGGCGAUCGAAGCCAAGGAGAAGGUGGGUAUCGUUGGCCGGACCGGAGCGGGUAAGUCGUCGAUCAUCCAAGCGCUGUUCCGACUGGCGGUCAACGAGGGGCUGAUCAAGAUCGAUGACGUGGAUAUUGGAGGCCUGGGGCUGCACGAUCUGCGGAAGAAGAUUUCGAUCAUCCCGCAGGAUCCGAUUCUGUUCUCCGGGAAGGUGCGGGACAAUUUGGAUCCGUUUGAACAGCACUCGGACGAGGAGAUAUGGCGAUCGUUGGAACUGGUCGAACUGAAGAAAGUCGUUAAGCAGAUGGACGGAGGACUCGAUGCGAAGAUGUCCGAUGGAGGAGCGAACUUCAGUAUGGGCCAGCGACAACUGGUUUGCUUGGCGAGGGCCAUCCUGAGGAACAACAAGAUCCUGAUCUUGGACGAAGCCACUGCCAACGUUGAUCCAGAAACCGACAAACUGGUUCAGCGCACCAUUCGGGACCAAUUCGACGAAUGUACGGUGCUGACGAUCGCUCACCGGCUGCACACGGUCAUGGACAGCGAUCGGGUGCUGGUGAUGGAUGCCGGAAAGGCGGUGGAGUUCGGUCAUCCGCACGAGCUGCUCAAGCAACCGAAGGGUUUCCUGCGAAAGCUGGUCAACCAGACGGGUGACGCGACGGCAGCUCAGCUGGUGGGCAUUGCCGAGAGAAAUUUCAAAAGACGCUGUGAGGCAAAAAGUUGAAGCGGUCGCGGGCGGAAGUGGUGAAUCUCCGGAGGUGACAAUAACGUUUUACGGUGUGUGAAACUCGUCGUGAAAGUAAUACGUAUAGAUGUAAGAACUAGACUUCUAAAGUGUGCAACGUACAAAGGUAAGAAUUCGAUUCCAUGCGUUUUGUAUCAGUUAUAAGGCAUUAAAGCAGGUAAUUUUCAA